AUGGCCUCAGCCAGCCCGAUGGUGUGCUCGCGGUGCAACGAACCAGGCCAUGAAGCGAGGUCUUGCAAGAAGCCCUUCCUGAAGAUGUGCAACUUCUGCAAAGGCGUGGGCCACGUGGACAAGCUGUGUCCGGAGCGUCCGCAGCCCUCUCCAAAGAAGCCCGAGCUUCGCAGGAAGGGUGCGGACGAGGAGUCUCUGGUCUCCGAGGCUAGCACGAAGGCCAGCUUGACCAGACCGUCGCCAGAAGCCAAGAAGCCGACACCUGCGGAUGUGCUGACACCCGGCAAGCUUCAGCUCAGUGAGCUGGAGGAACGAGAAGCGCGAAAGAUCGAGAAGAAGCUUCGUGAGAUUGAGAAGUUGGCAAAGAGACAGGAGGGAGGAGAGACCCUCCACGAAAGGGAGAUCCUGAAACUCCGGACGAAGAUGGAGCUGGAAGACAGGAGUGUGAUGCACAAAGUGCGAUUGGGAUAUGGUCGCUUGGACCUCAAGGUUUGCGCAUGA